AUGCAGCUCCGGCCGGGCGCGGCGGCUCUGGCCGCCCCCCUGCUCGCCCUCCCGGCCACCCUGGGGGCCAGCGCGGCCGCCUCCCUGCACAGCCCCGCAGCGUCGGCCCUGGUGGUGACCCUGGUGCUCCUCGGCCUCGUCUCCUUCCUCAUCCUCACCGGCAGCAUCAGCCUCUUCCAGGACCCCCUGUACUGCGUGUUCGUGGUGUUCUCCUUCGUGUCGGCCGUGGAUCUGCUGAUCGCGCUGGAGGAGGACGGGAUCAUCUCGGGCUUCAGCCAGCUCUUCGUGCGAGAGGCCGAUCCCCACCUGCGCACGGCUCACGGGCUCCUCACCUGUUACUGGGACGGCUCCGUGCACUACGGGCUGUGCCUGGGGCUGGCCGCGGCCGCGGGGAGCAGGAAGAACUACCGGAGCCUGGGUCUCUUCUGGCUGGGCUCGCUGCUGAUGAGCGCCGUGGUUUUCCUGCUGGGAAAUCUGAUCGGGAAAUACAGCCCCGAGCUGAGCCCGUCCUUCCUCCUCAACCUGCCCUUCCUCCUCCUCCUCACCUGGGCCGGCCGCCGGCUCCUCCAGCAGCCCCGGGCGCUGCCCAGCCUCAGCCCCGAGAAGAUCGCAGAGGAGCAGAGCAAACCUCUCUACCGGCGGCCCCAGGACGCGCUCCUCAUCCUCAUGCUCAUCCUCACCGCCGCCUUCACCUUCUUCAGGGGGCUGGUGGUCCUGGACUGCCCGGCCGAUUCCUGCUUUGACUACACCUACCUGCACGAGCCCUACCUGCGCGACCCCGUGGGGUACCCCAAGGUGCAGAUGCUGAUCCUCCUCUUCUACCUGCUGCCCUUCCUGCUGCUGGCCAUCCACGGCCUGGCGCUGCCCGGCUGCUGCUGCCUGCCCGACUGCAGCCUCCUGUGCGCGGGGGCCGUGGCGCAGGCUCAGUUUGCGCACCUGGGCUCCUCGCUGCACUCCCGCACGCCGUUCCCGUACCAGACCCCGGACGAGGUCCUGGGGAGUUUCCUGGUGUCCAACGCCCUGUACGCGCUGUGCCCGGGGCUGCUGGCGCUGCGCUGCCUGCGCUCCCCGGCCUUCUUCCUGCCCCGCGCCCGGCCCGGCCUGCGCCCCGAGAAAAAGCACCAGUGA